UGCUUUGGUAGAAUCGUAAGAAAAUGGAGUUUCUUCGGUGUUAGAAUGUUGAGGGGUGCCUGUUUAAGAGUAGAUCUUCAGACGAAAAUACCGCAAUUAUGUGCGAAUCUUGAACCGAUUGUAGGUUUUCUUCCGUGGAUCGCUUCCUUCUUUGUUUCUGCUAAGUUCUCACAUUGUAUUCUCCCCUCAAAUUCGAAGACUCUUUAGUUUCGAGAAAUUACGGUUGAAAAAUCAUUAACAUCCCCCAGAUUCAAUAAUAUGCACCUAAAAUAUAAUCUGUCUGUUCAAUUACGCAAAAUAAAAAUCCAGUAUAGCGUUUAUGAAAUUAAUUUUCAAGUAAUUUGUGCUAGCAGUUGGCUUUGUCAUGGCGCGUUGUCCGUCUGCCUUCCCGAGCAAUUGCAUUCGAGACUUUUGUUUCGAAUUGCAAAACACAUGUUUUAUUUUUAUUUGUUUUUUAUUUGUAAAAGUCACCGCGGAUAGGAUUCUCUUUUAAUUUUGUUAAAAAUAUGUUAUGUAGAAGUCAGUGUCAUACUAAAAUCUUUAAUUUAUUACUAUUGUCUUAUAAUUUAUUAACCAUAAACUAAACGUGCAUUCGCCUUUGGGUCGCUACCUUGUGAAGCUUCUUAUAAAUCCCUUUUGACGCGGUGAAGAUGCCCUUCCGAGACCCUCGGGAUUGUAAGUCGUAAUCAAUCUUCAGUUGUAUUUGUUCUAACUGUAAUUUGGAGAGUCUAUAUGUGUUGUACAUUAUCCCCACUUCCCUGGAAAUGAGGCUUUAUGUACAUUGCCAUAGCCAGAGGGAGCAUUCAAGUUUUCUGCAUCAACUUAGCCCAACAUUGCAAUUUUUUUGAGGUUACGUUUUUACACCAUUCGCCUGUAAUGCAUUUGUGUUUAGCAUUUUUCAUAAAUGAUUUUUGCCGAAUUGGGUUUGUGUUGGAAGUCAAUAGAGCACAUAAGCUUUAUAGCUGAUUUAACUGAGAUGCACAUUCCUAUGGCUACGAGUAGGGCACCAUGGGAUUUUUGCGGACGCUUCUAAAAUCCUCACCGUCCUCAGGGAUUUCUGUGGGAAUUCGUUCGCCUCAGACAUUAAAGUCUUCAUCUGUGACUUUGGUUGCUACUUUUGGAUAUGACUAACUUGAUCUCCAGAUGCGAGUCUUGUUGAGCUAAGGUUUCUGAAAUGAAAGCCAAUUUCAAACAAGCACCUUCUCUCGUUUUCAGUCUUGGGAUUUAUUCAACUAUUUUACUAAAUUUUUCAUUGUCAUCAACAUUUGUAGUAUAAAUUGUGCGUUUACCAUAGUUUUUAUAUGUAAUCUGAUGUAUAUUGAGUGGUAAGAAUAAUCUGUUUUCCUAGUACCAAAAAGCAUGUGGCACGAGAGAUUAGAGUAGUACGCAUCUGGGUUGCUGUACUUUUGUGUAUUCUUGUAUCGUGAUUGUCCCAGUCUGAGAUUUUUUGUUCCUAGCCUCUCAAGGUCCGAAUUGUUCUAAUAGCCGAAAAGUUUCUACUGUUACUGAAUCUGACAUAGCAUAUUUACAGGGAUAGAGUUGGAAGAAGAGGAGUAAUGCACCUUUUUUAAUAUGGAGAGUUCUUCACAUGAUAGAAAGAAAGAUGGUAACAUCCAUGACAGAUUUGAUUGAGGUUGCAUUUGGGGAUGGACUAGAGCCACAUAGCAGAGAACAUGAAGAGUGUGCAGAUGAUAAAGUUUUUAACAUGGAAAAUAGGAAAAUAAAUUAUCCGACUCUAGAUUUACUUGCAGAUGCUGUAGAGGCAUCAUCGAAGACUGAUAAUUACAACUCUGAGAUGAGUACUGGAUGUAGAAAUGACAAUCAAAUAAGGUUUGACAAUGUAUUCAAGAGAAAAGCUGUUGGUAAUGGAACUUCACACCCUAAACGUGUCAGGCAGAGCGAGGAGAGCCUUGCAGACAGCAAGCGUGUUAGCUCAGACACCUCUUUUAAUGCACGGAAAUCUCCAUGUCAAAAUAAAGACAUGGAUAGUGAGAAAGGAGAUCCAGAAACAGAUGGUGAGAGCCAGGAAAAGCAAUUUGCAGACCCCGUACAUGUGAGUUUGUCGACUCCUAUUGUGAAGAGUUUUCGUGGGCGCACUCAGAUGCUUCCAUCGCGCUUUCGUGACUCUUUAAUUGAACCAUUGAAGAAAAUCCAAACUAAACGCUUGAAACAUGGCUCUGAUGAACUAGAUUGUUAUCCAAGAUUUCAUUUAUCAAAUACUAAUUACAGUCCUGCUAAACGACGAAGAAUUAAGCAUAAGGAUGCAUUUAAUUCGGAGCCUGCAAGGGUUAAAAAUGGUCUGAAACAUCAAUUACAGUUGACAGCACCAGAACCUGAAAGUAUGAUUUCACAACAUUUUCAUAGCGCUUCCAAGCCAUUUGAACCAGAGAAUCUGACGACUUCACUCAGUUUAGACUGCGGGCCGAGUGUUCUAAGCAAUAAAACAGCUGGGAUUUCAGCCGGGGGUUUGAAUCCCUUAGAAGAAUUUUCCGUCGGUGAUAUAGUUUGGGUCAGAUCUGAUGAUAACAAUGGUCCAACUUGGCCAGCAAAAGUUAUUGACCCUGCACAAGAUGCUCCAGAAUCUGUUCUGAAUGCGUAUGUUCCUGGGUGCCUUUGUGUAAUGUUUUUUGGCUUCUUAUCGGCAAAGACAAAAGAGAGGGACUAUGCAUGGGUAAGACAAGGAACGAUCUUUCCUUUUUUUGAGUACUUGGAAGUAUAUCAGGGUCAGACACAACAUAACAAUAGUAAUCCCAGCGAAUUGCGGCUGGCAAUUCAAGAAGCCACAUUGGCAUGGUAUGACUUCGGAAAUCAGGAAUACUGUUCCAGAAACCAAGAAAGGGUUAAAGUUCCUCUGUCUAGCAAUGGAUAUUCUUCUAAAUUUGCUGACGUGCAUCAAGGCCUUAAAGAUAAUGCUGGAAGGCAGGCAUACAAGUUCAAACAAUUCUGUAGCAUGUGUGAAAGGGCUUGGCAUCCCACAGAUAAAAGUAGCUGGGAUUGUAAUAAUGCUGAAUAUUUCUGCCCCAAAUGCAAGGAGCAGUCAGUGAUGGGAGACACUCAAAAACAAUAUAUAGAAAAGAAGAAAAGUGACAUUAAGGAUUACAGUGUUCCAGAUCGCCUGGCUGUUGUGUGUGAUGGCAAGGAGGCGUAUUACUUGCCUAGACAUCACUUAAUCCUUUGUGAAUGUAUUGAAUGUGGAAAAGGUGCAAGGAUGAGCAUUUCGAAAUGGGAGAAACAUACAGGUUGUAGAAAGAAGAAAUGGAAGCAAAGUGUUAAAAUGAAAGACUUGAACUUACAUCUCAUAGAUUGGAUAAAUCAGUUAUGUGAAGCUGGAUAUAAUGGUCUUGGAUAUUUUAGCCCUGAAGGGCAAACGCCUGUGAGAUUUCGGGAGCAAGAAUUAGCCAGAUGCUUGCUAGAACCAUACAAGCCAAUAAAAGUGAACUGGACAUCUGAAAGGUGUGCAAUAUGCCGGUGGGUUGAUGACUGGGACUACAACAAAAUCAUUAUUUGCAAUAGAUGUCAAAUUGCUGUCCAUCAGGAGUGUUAUGGUGCCAGAAAAGUGGAAGACCUUGCUUCAUGGGUUUGUAGAGCAUGUGAGACACCAAAUAUUAUACGAGAAUGUUGCCUCUGCCCUCUAAUGGGUGGUGCUUUGAAACCUUCCACCAUAAGUCAGUUCUGGGUGCAUGUUACCUGUGCUUGGUUUGCAAGAGAGGUAUCAUUUUUGAGUGAUGAAACAAUGGAACCUGCAGACGGCAUUUUAAAAAUUGAUGCAAGAUCUUUUCAAAAGGUGUGCGUGAUCUGUAAGCAGAUGCAUGGAUCAUGUAUACAGUGUUACAGAUGUCAUACAGCAUAUCAUGCCAUGUGUGCAUCAAGAGCAGGCUAUCGUAUGGAGAUACAUUGCUACAAUGGCAGGAAUGGCAAGCAAACAACCCAAUGGAUUUCAUAUUGUGCUUCACAUAGAGCUCCAAAUCCAGACACAGUUUUGAUUAUUAACACUCCAAAAGGCACGUUUUCAAAUAAAACCAAAUUACCUGUGAAGGGAGGCAGGAGCGUUUCAAGUUUAAUUGUAUUAAACGAUCCAGCUGAUGAAUCAGAAACUGCAACCAAAAAUUUGAAAAGUGAAUUUCCAUCGGCGUCUAGAUGCAUGCCGUUCAAUCCCAAGGAUAAAAAGAAGAAGUGUGGAAGAAAGGCUAUUGCACACCAAACCAUGGGAUAUUGUUGGCAUCCUACAGAAGUUAUGGAGACUGUAAAUGUUUUAAAUCAAGAAGAAGAAACAAGAGUGUUUUUGUCUUUGAAAGAACGCCUUUCUUACACCCAGAUAACUGAAAAGAAGAGAGUUUGCUUUGGGAAAUCUGGAAUACAUGGAUGGGGGCUCUUUGCUCGCAGGCACAUUCGAGAAGGAGAAAUAGUAUUAGAAUAUCGUGGUGAACAAGUAAGAAGAAGUGUAGCAGAUUUAAGAGAGGUUCGCUAUCGCCUGCAAGGGAAAGAUUGCUAUCUUUUCAAGAUCAGUGAAGAAAUUUUCAUUGAUGCAACUGAAAAGGGGAACAUGGCACGUCUUAUCAACCAUUCAUGUGCGCCAAAUUGUUAUGCAAGGAUAAUGGUUGUUGAAGGCAAUGAGAGUCAGAUUGCACUGAUUGCUAGGAAGGAUGUUGCACCUGGUGAAGAGUUAACUUAUGACUACCAGUUUGAUCCAGAGGAUCGUAAAGUUCCAUGCCAUUGUGGAGCAACUGCAUGCCGUAAAUUUAUGAACUAGGAUCUCCAGGAAGUUCCCAUGACUUAAAUGCUGCUUCUCUCAUUCGUAUUUGCUCCAUGGGCUUAUUUAUAUUAUUUGUUGUAAUAAACAUGAGUGGCCAUGCAACAAGCGUAGGCACCGCUGCCUCCAUUAAGUUGACAUGCAAAUACAAAAGGGUAUCAUCGUAAAAAGUCACUGAUACAUUGAUUUGAAGAGCUUGCCAGAUACAUUGCUUCUCAAUAUAUCUGGUUGUACCUCAUUUUGAUUGGAAGAGGUCCACAGUUCUCCCCGGACAAUAUACCAUGCCAUUUGAAAUUCUCUUGGCAUUAUAUGCAGGCCCUGUAUAUCUUGAAACUUCUGCUUGCUUACUCACUUUCACAAGCUAGUUGGCUACUGGAGAAAUUAUAAUCAAGUUAGCCCAAGAAUGUACAGUUUGAUAAAUCUUUCUAACAGAAGGCAGUUUGAGAACAAGCUCAUCAUAUAUGGGUGUAAUUACUUUUUCCCAACUGCCUGGACAAGGUUGCAAUGACAUUAGGCAUGCCCAUUUUAUUACAGGCCCAUAUUGGAGUUCUGGGUUGCCUUAUCCGAUUGAGGAUCUGAGCUCUAUUUAGAAAUAAGCUAAUUUUAUUGAUUAAUAAAUUAUACUUUUUCUAACGUGAA